UAGCACCAUUGGCCGUUUUGCUCACCCUCUUAAUGCCCCUUCAUGUCGUAAGACGGACUACCGCAUAAUCUCCAUGUCUUGGCCUUACCCGAAGAGGACUUAGGACGUGACAGCGCAACAUCUUCGAUCUGAGCGGGUGUGCUUAUCAUAUUACAGGUAGCUCUCCGACGCACGCUCGUUCUACAAUGGACACCCGCUUAUUCAACACUUCCUCGAGAUACGCCUAAGUGGGCGUUACCAGAUAUGUGAGCGUAAAGGAUCAGGUUCGUUUGAAAAGUGUACAUGGGGCGUGAUGUUCCUACCGGUGACGUGGUGGCCAUUAAACUCGAGCACCAUUCGAUCACACCAUCACUCCUGCGUCAAGAGAUCGAUAUCUAUGAGGAACUGAGUGGACAACCCGGCAUUCCUAGUAUUCUGGCUUGGCUAUCACUGUGACUUCCAGGCGUUGGUGUUUGAACUUCUGGGACCCAAUCUCGAGGAUCUCUUCCGAUACUGUGAAAACAAGUUCUCCCUCAAGACAACAUUGAUUCUGAUGGAUCAACUCCUCCAUCGGAUUGAAAGUCUCCACAAGGUGGGAUACCUCCAUCGUGACAUCAAGCCUGAAAACUUCCUGCUAGGCACCGGUAAGCAGGGCAACAUUGUCUACAUGACCGAUUUUGGACUCGCCGCCUACCGGAGGGCCCCUAACGACCGAAUCCUCAGCCACAAGCCGGCAGCCAGUCCCCGGAUUUCGCUGGUCGGCACCUGCCGUUACGCCAGCAUCAAUGGCCACUUGGACGUCGCUCCAUCAUGGCGUGACGACCUCGAGUCGCUAGGGUAUAUGGCCCUGUAUUUUCUUCAUGGGUCCCUUCCCUGGCAAGGUCUGAAGGCCUCCAGCCGGCAGGAAAGAUACCGGCUUGUCUUCGAGCGGAAGACGACGAUCAGGGUAUCGGAACUAUGCCAGGGUCUGCCAGCGGAGUUUACUACAUAUAUGAACUACAUUCGUGGAUUGGACGACUAUGACAAGCCCGAUUACAAGUACCUGCGGAGCUUGUUCGGUCGCCUCUUUCGCCGCAAAGGUUUCGAGCAUGACAAUGUGUUCGAUUGGACGAUUCGAGAGUUUGAGAGGCUGUCUCAUAUGGACCAACAACGUCUUGUGCCCAGUUCAGACACUAUUGGGCAAAAUCAUGCCCGGAAGCGUGCAGGCAGACGUGACCGCAAGAGGAUACGUCGAACACGAGCUAAUGCGACAGAAUGACAGCUGGAGUUCAGGCAGGGGCCUAUCUCGCCACAAAAGGUUUGACGCCUUGGUGGACAAAUGUAUCACUCUCAUUUGCGCUGAAGCAGGAAUCGAAUCGAUCUUGAGCAGCCAAUUUCUAGAUCCAGGAGUGCCAUGGACUUGACUUAGAGCCCACCUCCUUAGAGUUCGCCAGGCGGUGUCAGAGAGCGGAAUAUACAGGCGGCCUGGGCAAUCAUCGUUGAAUGAAUGCCUUCUGAAUCGUGUGCAGGAGGCGGCGGACGGCAUGGAACGAUCUAGAUAUUUGAGGGGCUGAGAGUGUGAUUAUACUGCUGAGUGCAUGUGAGCUGUAUGAAUGACACGGUUGAGCGUCGCCCGAAAGGUGGGCUAAAGCAGGCUGAGGAGGCUGCUUGAGCUACCCGAGCUCCCUUAUCAGGCUCUUGCCUAUCUGCAUAGUCCGACAUCUGCGUCACGCCUCUCCAAGUAGCCCUUUCUUGGACCGAAAGCUGCUCGUGAUGCUAUCCUCAGGUAUUGGUAUCUUCCACGAAGCUUUACAAGCAAAACCCCAUGGAUUCGCGGAGGACGGGCGGACCGGCGUUGCUGGAGCUUCAGCCAUGUA